UUAAAGGGUUGUCCCGAACCUCCACGACCUCCCUUAUCUGACACAGAACUACGACUGUAUAUGGACAAUCUAGGACGAAUCGUUCAAUUCAAUGAAUUGUGCCACAGUGUCUACCUGGGCGGUGUAGAACCUAGUCUUCGCAAGGUCGUUUGGCGCCUUCUGCUCAACGUGUAUCCUCCAGAAAUGACUGGUCGCGAGAGGAUCGCUUUGAUGGCCGGUAAAAUUGCGAAAUACAAAUCUAUGAAAGAGGCAUGGAAAAAAACUUACAAAGAGGGUCGACUCACCCAGGCGCAAAUUCAAGCAAUCUCGCUCGCCAGCGUCGAUGUUGUCCGUACGGAUCGCAGCCAUCGUUUCUAUUCGCUCGAUUCAGACGGUUCAAAAAUUCGUCAACUUUUCGACAUUCUGGCCACAUACGCAAUCUACCAUCCGAGUAUCGGUUACCACCAAGGCAUGUCCAACCUAGCCAGUCCACUCCUCUUUGUGCAAGACAAUGAAGGCGCUGCGUACAUUUGCUUCUGUGCCUUGAUGCAGCGACUGGGUAAAAAGUUUUGUCCACAAAACCAACUCCUCACCAUUGUGCAGAUGCAGCACUUGCAUGACCUCCUUGUCUUUACUGACUGGGAACUGGCCCAGUUUUUGCGGCUGCAUAAUUUGGGCAACAUGUUCUUCACCGAGCGUUGGCUCCUCCUGGAGUUGGUUCGCGAAUUCGCCUUCGAGGACGCCCUCUACGUUUUAGAGGUGCAGUGGGCUUCUCUGAACAUAAUCGCCAGUCAGGGUGAGUCGCCAGAGCUAACUGUCACUCAGAGAGGCUACUUUGUACUCUCGGAGGAUGCAGCAUCCGUCUUCCUGGCCUCAGAACCCUUGCCAACACCGAAGAAUGGCACGAGGACUGCCGCCUACUUAUCCAACGGGGUGCAGAGCAAAACAUCUGCGGUGGAACGGCGCAGACGACGCUGGUCCUCGACCACUGAGGGUGAUCCCAUACACAUGAAGGAUUGGGUCGUGGAACUGCCGCCGCCCGACCAGCUGGGCCGUGGGAACCCCUUCCUUCUCUUCAUUUGCGUCUCCAUCCUCCUGGAGUAUCGGGAACGUAUCUUGGCGGAGGUGCAUGAGGCCAGUGACCUGUUUCAUCUCUUCCAACAAAUGACUAGACAGCACAACCAAAUUAGUAUUGUCAAUCGCGCUCGCACCCUGUUCGAUGCUUACCUGCGGAAUCAGGAAGCUAAGCGACAGAAACUGGCCGAACAGACAGAACUUACUUUCUUGCGUUGA